AUGGUACUCCUCGUGCAAAGAGAUAAUAAGAUGUCCAGGGGUGAGAACAAAGCUCUUAGAAAAGAAGAUGAGUUGUUCUGGAGAGAAAACAAAGGUCUUCAAUGGGAAAACAAAGGUCUUCAAUGGGAAAACAAAGCCUUCCAAGUGGAUGGACAGUUAAUUCGGGAGAAGAAUCAUUACCUAAGACAGCAAAACCAGGUCCUAUGGAAGUUGAAGUGUCAUCUUAGAAAGCCAAAAACCACCUGGGGGAAAAAAAUCAAAGUCUUGAACACAGUAAAAAAGUCUUAUUGGCAACAGAAUAGAGCCCUGGGGGCUCAGAUCAAGGCUCUCCAGGAACAGGAGAAAGCCUCCCAGAGUGAGGCAAAAGCUCUGCAAGAUGAAAUAAGGUCUCUCCAUGAGGAGACCAAGGCCCUACAACACGAAGCGAGAAUGGUCAGGACGGAGGCUCAUGCCCUGAUGGAAGCGGGAGGAGCGCUCAUGAGGGAAGGGCAGGCUUUGUGGAAGGAGGAGCAGGCCCUUUGUGAGGAGAACAAGGCUCUUAAGGAGGAAAGCAGUGCUCUUCAAGGGGAGGAAAGAGCCCUUCUGCAAGAGGCAAAAGUCCUUGAGGAGAGGAAUAAUUUUCUUCAGGGAUAAAACAACAAAUGUGUGCUGGAAAAAUGCACAAGAAUAAAACAGAACACGAGAUGUAACUCGACGAUUUAACCAGCAAACCAUGAAUAUCACUGACAUUCUAGGGAAAAAAAACCCAAAAGCUUUUGAAGGUGAAAUAAUGCUAUUAUCAGGGGAAGUCAUAGCCUGG